CAGUGUUUACUACACGAAAUAUUUGAGGGAAAAAAAUAGAAAAGAAAAGAGUGGGAAAAUGCAGUCGGGAAAGAACGCGGCGGAGUCGGUGAAAGAAUCGGCCGCCAACGUGGGGGCCUCUGCGAGGGCUGGCAUGGAAAAGACCAAAGCCACGGCUCAAGAAAAGGUGGACAAAAUGCGGGCCCACGAUCCAUUGGAGAAGGACAUGGCCAGCGAAAGGAAAGAGGAGCGGCUUCACGGGGCGGAGCUCGACAAGCAACAGGCGCGUGCAGAACACGCGGCAGAGAGGCAGGCCGCUUCGAAGACCGGAGCGCACACCGGUCUGACCACCGGAACCGGAACCCGCGCCUAUGACCCGACCGUGGGCGGCACCGACCGUUGAAGCGUGCGGUCUUUUCAGAUUAUAAUAAUAGCUUGCGUUGUGUUUUAAUGUUGGUAAUUAAUAGUUUGGUGGAACUUCGUGUACGGUUUAUUGUGAAAUAAAUAAAUAUUUUCAUUUUAAU